UUUACUGUAGUAUUUGGAAUGUGAAAAACAGUUUUUCAAAAUAGAGAAAAAAACAAGGAAUCCAAACGGAGUGUCAGUUGACACACAUUCACUACAAAAACUAUCCAAUUACAAGACUUUAUAAAAGCGUUCGACUCUAAAGGCGUGAUACUUGUUUGGAAAGGGAUUUUUCAUCAAAAAAUCUCUAUAUUUUUCGUGAACAUAUUUUUGAAUCACAUUUUUAUCUUACACAUAUCAAAAUCGGUACAAUAUAUUUUUUAUAAAAACUCCAAAAAAUGGCAAUCAAAACAUUAUAGUUCUUGCAUUAUGAAAUUAAGGGCAUUACCACGCUUUUGAAAUAAAGCACUGUCACGCCUUUUGCCUGACUCCUAAAUUCCUAAUUACCCAACUUCAGAAAAACAAGAGGUUUUUCUUCCAAAAAAAAAAAAAGGUCUUUUGGCUGAAAGACGACGUCGUUGGACGAUUUCAUUCAUCACAGGUUCAAAUUUGUUAUUUUCAAAAUUCCGGGAUCCCGCCACUAUAAAUAUCCCCCACAACGCGAAAUCUUUUCAAACUUCAUUUUCCCUAAAUUGAUUCCGGAGAGAGAGAGAGAGGGGAGAAGAGAGGGAGAGAGAUGAGGACGCGAUCGACUAAGAGGAAGACAUCGGCGGUGAACCUAUUGGCAUCGCCGUCGCCGAAGACAGCAGAGGCGACGACGCCAGGAAGCCCUAUGAUGAAAUCGCCGAGUGAGUCGCCGAAAGAAUUCGAGUUCAGCUUCAACACAACCAGGCUGGCGUCAUCACCAUUAAUGAAGAAGAAGAGCAACAGCAGUGGCGGUGUAGGAGGAGCAUCAUCGGCUUCGAUGUUCAUGCAGCGUACCGGAGGAGGGCCAGGAGGAUUCUCACCCUCGCCGCUCAGAGGUAUCAACUCCAUUUCGGAUCUGAAGGGGCUAGCUUCGUCUGGGUUGGAUUCUAUCAAACGUCAGCUGGAGCGAUCGCAGUCAGAAAUUCUUAAGGACAUUGAAGCUUCACAAUCUCGUCUCCAGAAACGAUUUAAGAUUCAAUCUCAAGCAUGCCAGCAAGUGAUGGACGAAGCAGAGAGAGAAAACAAGAAAAUGUCUGAUCGUAUCACUGAAACUCGGGAAGCAAUGAAGGCUUCAUACAAUGAAUUCAUGAUUGAAGCACAGUCCAGUGCAUCACGUUUGUGCAAAACUUCCAUUCCCGAAAUUUCUCAGUCCUUUGAGAAAUCCAUCAACUCUCUCAGAAGCCGCUAUGGGAUUUCCUCAACUUCAGCUUUGUAGACUUACUGAGUUUCUAGAGAAGUUGCGGAUGGUAUGAAGAGAAGCUGCUGGGGGUGUCUUAUUGUAAUAUGAUUUCUUUCUUAGCUUGUAAAUUUACAUCGUCUGCAUAAAUCUGGCUAGCUACAUAAAUAGAGAGGAUACAAAAAGGGUAAACUUGUCUUCAAAAAUUCAUAAGCUACAUUAGUGCUUCUUCCCACUUAUUUGGUACCAUCGCUUACUUUUCCCUUGUUCAGCUCCUGAACUUUGAUUAAUGCGUAAUCCAUACUGUAAAAAAUUUGCAACUUCUUGGUCCUGCCGAUUAUCCCUACAAUUUAAAUGUUAAUACUGCUCAUGAUUGCCCAAUAGUGAGCCUAAAAUGUAUUGUAUGAACUUUAUAAAGAAGUUGAGGUUGAGAAGUGAA